AUGGCUCAAAAAGGAUUUCUGAUUCUCUUCCUUGUCUCCAUACUUUUGCUGGAUCAGACCACUGGCCAGUCUUCCCAUUCCAAAGCCAGGAAACACAGCAAAAGGAGGGUGAAAGAGAAAAAUGGUGAUCUAAAGAGUCAAAUUAACAAGCUUUGGCAAGAGGUAAACUCUUUGAAAGAAAUGCAAGCUCUACAAACAGUCUGUCUUCGUGGAACAAAGGUCCAUAAGAAAUGCUACUUAGCAUCUGACGGGGCAAAACAUUUCCAUGAAGCAAAUGAAGACUGCAUAGCCAAAGGAGGAACUUUAGCUAUCCCCAGGGAUGGUGAUGAAACCAAUGCACUUCGAGAAUACACCAAGAAGAGUUUGUCGGGAGUGGGAGAUUUUUGGUUGGGUGUCACUGAUAUGGUCAAUGAAGGGAAAUUUGUUGAUGUCAAUGGAAUGGUGCUCAACUACUUCAACUGGGACCGGUCACAACCCAAUGGAGGGAAGCGUGAAAAUUGUGUCUCGUUUUCACAUUCAGCUCAAGGCAAGUGGGUGGAUGAAGUCUGUCGUACCGUCAAACGAUAUGUCUGUGAAUUCCUUAUUCCAUAGACUAAUUUAUAGCUAGAGCUGCUUCCUACUUAAUUUUUGGAAAUGCAUACAGGAUGUGCUUGAGGUUCCAAUUUGCCGCUACUGACUUUCCUGACAAAUCAAUUGAAGUUUUUGAGCAUAGGGUACCCUGU